AACAUGCCGGGUUUUACUUACCUCACAGGUAAACCAAGCUCGCGCAACUUGCGUUUAAGCGUUCUCAUACGUGAGGAUUACUUGAGAAACUCAAAUUCGCUUGAACCAGUGAAAACGCGAACACAUGGUUUUUACAUACGCAUGUUACUAAUUUUUCAUAUCACCAUUGUUGUUUAUUAGAUAUAUAUCUAAGCUAAUAAUUGUUCUUUGACUUAAAUGAAACAAAUCGGAUGGUUUAUUUUUAAUUUAUCAUCGAUGUAAUAGUGUAUAAAUAUAUAAACACAUGGUUUGAGUGAAUUAAAACAGUUAAUUGCAAAUAUGUUAUUAAAAUACCCUACUGCUAUUUAUUGACAUUGAGUAUAAGUGAUUUUUUUGAAACCAUUGAACAACUAAAAUACUCAGUACUGAUUGGACUGCUGAGUGCGGAAAAUAGUAAAAAAACUUUUUUAAAAAUGCCACCAGUGCAAACUUAAAAAUAUUCAUUAAUUGGAUUCAAUAACAUUAAAACUAACGUUUAUUUUUAUUGUUAUUUUUUUUUUCAUUUGAUUUUAUUGGAAUCAACACUUUGGAUACGCUGGAUAAUAAAUCACAUGUAUUAGAAAAGUAUUACUUUUUAUUUUUGUAUUUUUAUUUUAUUAUGUACAUGCAAAUAUAAAAUUUUCCAUUUAAAAUCCAACCACGCAGAGUUAUGAAAGGAUUUUGACAAUGCUCGUAUCCAAGGUGAAUGCACUGUACUAGUGACGUAUAAAUGGAACGCGGAACCGCGGUGAAACAUUGCGUUAGAGACAAAUUACCGUUUACUUACUGCAAAACAUCUUCUCAAGAUGAUCUGUUUUUUAUAGUGUAAUUUAAUUUCUUCUCAUGACUUUAUUUAAAUUUUUAUAGAAAAUUUUGUUUUUUUUCGUCAACGAAUCAUUGACAAUUACAUUGUAUAUAAUCAUGUUAAAAUCGGCAACAAGUAAUAUCAGAGUACUAAAAACAAUACGAAAUUGAAAAGAGAAAAGUUUAUUAUUCAAGUAAAAAAGGAAAAAAAAUAAAUAACGAUAAAGGAUUGUGAGUACACAGAAAGAGCGAAGAAAAGAGACAAGACUUGUUAAGUCAAUGUCCGAAGAUUACGGCAAUGACAUUCACUUUUUCUCACUCUUCUCUUUGUAUUUUUUGGCCUCUUUUUUUUUUAAACUUACCAGUAUAAACUGAGAAUCUUUUAGCAUCCUGAGAUUCAAAUCAUAGCGUGUAAAAUAAAGUAAUGAACUUUUAUUUGAAUAUUUCAAAGUAAAAUUAAAUGAAGUCUUAUGAUUAAAAUUUUAAAUAAUUCAACCACAUGAGAUUAUAUAAUUGCGAAUGGUGAUCAGUAAGACUAAGUUGAGGCUGUACAAUGGAUGUUUUUAAAAUCGACCAAUCAUUAACGGUGGGCUUGGGAAGUACCCCGACACCGGACACUCUUACGCCAGAAGUGUCAUUUGAUGCUGGAAGCGAGUUUAAUCUGAGUUUUUUCGAUGGUCCUGAGGACAAUAGUGCCCAAGGCUUUAGUGAUCCAGGAUCAGUUGGGAGUGCAAGUGCAUCAUCUCCGCCUGGUACACCAGCUAAUAUUACUGUUAAUUCGACGAAUUCUGUCACUCUACCAGUAGUUCAAGUGCCCUCGGGUAUUACCGUUAAACAAGAGCAACAUUAUGCAGCUGCAGAUUCUAAUAGUUCCACUCCUGCCAAGAGCUUUGUCCCUUGUAAAGUGUGUGGUGAUAAAGCUAGCGGGUUCCAUUAUGGUGUGACCAGUUGCGAGGGCUGUAAGGGAUUCUUCCGAAGGAGUAUACAGAAACAAAUCGAAUAUCGAUGUCUAAGGGAUGGCAAAUGUUUAGUGAUAAGAUUAAACAGAAACCGUUGCCAAUACUGCAGAUUUAAAAAGUGCCUGGCAGUCGGGAUGUCACGAGAUUCUGUUCGGUAUGGUCGGGUACCAAAACGUUCAAGAGAACGUGGGUCUGAUGAUUCGAUUUCAACGACAACAGUUUCAAAUCAACAGCUUAAUGCCGGCAUUAACAAUAAUAACAAUAACAGUACUACAAACGCAAAUAACAGUAGCGUUAACAACAACAAUAAUAUAAAUAAUAUAAGUAAUAAUAAUAAUAAUAAUAAUAAUAAUAACAAUAACAACAGUAAUAAUAAUAAUAAUAACAACAGUAAUAGUAGUAAUAAUAAUAAUAAUAAUAACAAUAAUAAUGAUAAUAAUAGUAGUAGUAGUAGUAGUAAUAAUAACAAUAUCGUAAACAAUAACAAUAAUUGUAACGGUAUUAACAAUAGCAGUCAAAAUAUAAUUGUACGAAUACCAACGGCUGCCGUAGUUGAAGCCGAUCAAUCAGAUGCUGAUAAUAAACGACUAGCUGUUUAUGAUGUUAUUCUUCAAGUAUCACAAGCUCAUCAUGCUCACUGUGGUUUUACUGAAGAAUUCACAAAAAGCCUUGUACGAAAACCUAUGAUUAUACCGCCGACAAGUCCGGAAGAUCCCGAAGCAGCAUCUUCUACUGCGGAGACCGUGGAAUGUCAACGAAUUUGGCUUUGGCAACAAUUUGCUGCUCAAGUAACGCCCUCAGUACAAAGGGUUGUAGAAUUUGCUAAGCGUGUGCCAGGCUUUUGUGAGCUUACUCAAGAUGAUCAAUUAAUUCUCAUCAAAGUUGGAUUCUUUGAAGUGUGGCUGUGUCAUAUUUCUAAAAUGACUACUGAUACUUCAAUGACAUUCGAAGAUGGAACUUACAUUACUAGACAACAAAUCGAACUGAUGUAUGAGCCGGAUUUCGUCGCUGCAUUACUGCAGUUCACUGCAUCUCUGAACGCUUAUCAGUUAUCAGAUGCUGAGCUCGGAUUGUUCUCUGGUGCUGUCUUAUUAAGCGAAAGAAAUGGGCUCAAUGAUGUUAAGGCUGUGCAAAAAUUACAAGAUCGUUUAUUGGAAGGAUUGCAAAUUCAAAGUAGUAGAAGUCAUUCUUUAUCAAAUGAUAUUAUUCCAGUCAGUGGAUGUUUACCAACAAUUAGUAUAACUCAAAGGAUACCGGAAUUGAGAGCCCUCGGUUCACGGCAUGCUAACUUACUUGAUUGGUUUCGAAGAAACUGGACAAAGCUCAAAUUACCACCGUUAUUCGCUGAAAUAUUCGACAUUCCGAAGUGCGAGGAAGAUCUACAAUGAACGAGUAUAAACAAAUGUAAUUGUUAUUUUAUUUCUUCGAUGUACUUUUACUUAAAGUAUUGACUUCUAAACUUCAUUGAAAAGUUAUCUUCUUUUUUGAAACUUUUGCUUGCUCAAAGUGAUGAAUGAUACGGGAUAUUCAAUUUACUCAUUAUUUAUUACAAUCAUAUUUUUCGAUUCGAUAAAGUAAACGCUUUGAUAGUGAGAAUGACUAUAAGUGAAAUUGAAUUAUAAAGUUAUUGAAUUAUGAAUGCGACACAACUAUAGUAGAUAAACGUAUAGUUUAAACUAAGAGUAUAUGUUGAAAACAGUAUAUAAUUAAUAUAUAUAAAUAAUAUAUAUAGAUUUAAAACUAUUACAAAAUCUUUGUAACUGCAUGUGCUACGUAUCUCAUUCUAUGCAAUCUAUUUUUAUUACUUGAGAUAGAAUGAAACGAUAGAUUUUAUCUCAAUGUUGGGCAGAAUGAAAAGAAAAUACAUAUCUCUCAGGUUUUCAUUUUCUAAACAUUAAAAAUAAUUAUUGCUAUUAAUAAUAAUCAAUUAUUGACAUUUUAGCAAAUGAUUGUAUAAAAUUGUAAAAUACCAUGCGCAACUAUUCGUUUGCUCAGAAAAGCGCAAUCAUGUCGUUAUCCAGUAUAUGAUAAAUAAAUCUGGAAAAACAAAAUCAUUAAAACACUGAAAUAUUCCAAAUAAAUGUUAUCACUUUACUUGUAUAAGAAAUGUCAUUGAUAUUGAAGCAAACUUGUUUGUUAUUUGAUUUUGUAUGAAAAUGAGUUUUUUUCAUCAUUAAAUAUAAACUAUUGACUAUACUUACUUUAUUGUUUUUGAAAUUGUUGCAAGGGAUUUGAUAUUGACGAAUAUAUUUCAUGCACACUUUUUCUGUUUGAUUUAGUUAAUUAGAUAAUUAAAUUUUAUAAUUUAUAUUCAAGUAAAAAAUCACGAUUUCUUAAUUAUUUACUUCAAAUAGUGCGGAAAAUUCAUAUGUAUCUAUAUAUAUACAUAUAUGUAAUUGGAAAUUUGAAAUCAACAGUUUGUGCAAGUUCCAAUUAUAAAAUUAAAUGUGCAAUACCAGAAAAAAUUAUUUUUGUUUUCGUUGAAAGUUUUUCAAUUCUUAAUGUUAUACUUAAUAGUUUAUUGAAUUAUUCAAUGAAGAAAAUUUUUAUCAAUCUUAAAAUAUUUUUUAAAGAAAAAAAAAUAAAAUUAGUUGAGUUAAAAGGCCAUUAGGAUGAUAAGUAUAAUGAAUUGGACUCCGUUAAACAUCUUGAUCAUAUUUCAAUGAUGAAUAGGUACUACUAAAUUAUUUCGUUACGAUAAUAAAAACUGAAAAAUAGGAAAAUAUUUGUUUGACGGAAUUGAUUAAUUCGAUUUCUAUAAGAAUUUAAUCUUUUUAAAAAAAAUUUUUUUUUUGAAGCAAAAAAAAAUUCAAAAAAAUAUAUAUGAUCAAAAUAAAUAUUUGAUCAUAACUUUUUCUGAUACCACUACUGCUGGUUGGGUCAGAAACUACUUAAUUCAUUUUUCAUAGUUUUGCAGUGAAAGAGAGAAGACAUCAUCUAUAUUUUUGAAUUAUUAAUAAAUUAGAAAUAAAUUAUUGCCAAAGUGGGGCGAAAAAAAUUAUUCGAUCGUAAAGCACACUCGCACGCUUCGCCUCAUGAGUCGUGCAAAAGACCGAAAUAACGAAAGUCAAUAAAAUAAAUGGUAAUGAGGAAUAUCAAUAUAAAAAAAUUUCUUUCGUGAAAUGGUUAUUUUCGAUACUCAUGUGCAAAGGUAGGGGUUUUGACAGGCUAGGAGUGACGUCAGAUGUCUGAUAUUGUGGCGCAUUCUCAACAGACCAAGGACGUUGUUAUAAAGGCGAGCGCACUUAGACCGUAUGUUAUGUCCGAGGUCUGUUGAGAAUAUCUCACAAUUUCAAACGAGUUAGGAUACUCCUAAUUAUUCGGAAUUUCUACCUUUGAACAUAACGUAUCGAACAAAAUUUUUUGUCAUAUCAACGGCGGACGUUAGAUUUGAAAGAAAAAAUAUCUCAAAAUUUUCAUUAUUAAAAAUUCAAUUUAAUCAAAUAAGGAUCGGGGUGUUUACAUAAAUCAACUGCUAACGUCUAUCCGAUUUUCAUGCCACCUAGCGAGUGAUUGUGAAAGUAAAAGAAAUUCUCAUACUCUGCAGCAUUUGGACAUGGACGUGUGGGAAUUCAGAGACACAUAGAGAGAGAGAGAGGAGUUACUUUUCCACACGUGUGCUAGGAAAAGUAACUAAACUAUAGUUGGUCGGGAAUCACAUACUUUACUCAGACAAAGUAUAGCUCGAAAAUCUAACUUUCGCGGUUGGUAUUACAAAAAAAAAUUUAUUGACACUCUAGGUUGUCUAUUACUUUUAUACUUCAUGACAAAUACAAAACUUACGAAAAAACUUUAGUUACAUUACAUCUAAAGAAUUGUGAAAACUAACAUAUGGCUUGGUGAUAAAAUUAUUUACGCAUUUUUUGAGCAAAACUUGCGCCAGAAAUUUAUCAAAGAUACGCAUGGCUUGUACCAGAUUUGCUCAACAAGUGCUAAGUAUAUAUCGUAGGCCAAAGAAACCGGUAAAGUGACAGAGAUAGUUUCAUAUCGAUUCUUGAGCAAAUCUGGCGUAAGAAAUGCAUGUGGAUUUUUUUAAUAAAUUUCUGGCUCAAGUUUUGCUCAAGAUUUGCAUAAGUAAUUUUAUCAAUGAGCCAUAUGUUAUAAGAAUAAAUGAAUUCUAUGAGAAGUGCUAUAGUUAAGUAUAGGCCUUAUACAUACAACUAUAAGAAUCUAUCGGCUUUUUUAAGCAGAAAUAGGGACUUAUUUAUUUUUUAAUUUUGAUUUUAUAAAACUCAAUAUAAUAGUAUUAACUUGAAAUUAUAGUAGUCCAACAUUUAGUUUCAUAGCUAAAAUACUACUUGGAAAUUAUUGAUUGUAUAUUGAUUGCCGCACACUUUUAUCUGUUGAUUAAGCGUGACGUUUUCGAAUUUCUGAAGAGUUAACGGAAACUCGCGAGAAAAUAAAUGUUGCCUAAUCAUGUAUAAUAACAUGUAUCAUGACAUAUAGUAGUAUCUAAAAUUUCAUAUGGUCAUAUAUAAUCAUAUAUAGAACUACAUAUGAUCAUACAUAAUCAUAUCUAAGUUCAACCAUGAAUAUAUGUAUAUAGAAUAUAUAAUUAGUUUUGGGGAUACAUAACUAGUAUAAGCUUACAUCCGAGUAAAUACAGAUACAUAUCCAUAAGUGCUUAGGCCUGAUAAUGUCUGGUUGGAUAUGAGGUAAUAUAUGAUUUGAUCUACACGGAAAAGAAAAAUCUCUUAAAUAGAACCCUAGCAGACCUGAUUUACCGUAAAUUUACGGUAAUUUUACCGUAAAUCUACCGUAGAAUACUGUGAAAUUCGAGUAGAUUUACAGUAAAUUACGGUAAAUCCACCGUAAUUUACGGUAAAUCGGUACUUUACCGUGGAUUACCGUAAAUUACGGCGGGUAUACCGUAAAUUUACCGUCGAAUACGAUAAAUCUACCGUAAAAAAUUCGGGUGGAUUACCGAAUUACCGUAAUUUACGGUAGAUCCACCGUAAUUUACGGUAAAUCGGCAUUUUACGGUGAAUUACCAUAAUUUACGGUGGGUUUACCGUAAUUUACCGUAAUUUGGGUCCGUUAGGGAAUCAUCUAAAAGAUAGUAAUAUGUGUUUCAUGAAGCCAGUGUAAAACAAAAUCAUUGAAAAAAGAUUUAAAAAUCUUUGACUAUUGUAUACUCCAAAACGUAACACAAUGACGAAAUUUUUUUGAGAUAGUUGUGAUAUAGGCCUUAUCAGUAGAAUUUUGUGAAAUCGAAAUGUGAUAUUAAGAUAGAUAUCUAGAAUUAAAUUUUGAAAAAUCAGAAUUAUUAACCGAUUGUGAAGCGAGAUAUCAAUAAUCAAAGUGCACGUAACUGACAUAAAGUAAGUCGGAUUAACCUAAAAGAAGUCACAUUUUCACGUACAUUUCAAAUAGCUUUUGAUAGAAUCUUUCCGAAAACUAAUAAAAUGUAGGCAAAACAAUUAUAAAUUAAACAGAAAUAAAAUAAUUUUGUCACUGAUUAGUAACAAAUUUAUGAACGUUCGAAAAUAUCCAUCCCAUAUGGAUCUAACAAGCAAGCAAUAGCACACACUAUAGGUGGCAUAAAAACUACUCCAUAGUUGAGUCUGCAAAAGAAUGGGCUUUUCUCCCACUAUUUAACUAUGAUAGAGUCCACGACUUUACACUAACGCGUAUGCGCAGUGAUGACUCAAUUGUAGAAAAAUGGAGGGAGAAUAGCCUUUUCUUUUGCAGACUCAACUAUAAACGAAUUUGAACGUUUAAAAGUAUAAAAAAAAUCUGGAAAACGGUUGAUCCUGCAAGCCAGCUUCAGAACUUCUCAUCAUUUUCGAGCUUGAGGAGUUCGAAAACAUUGUUGUGAUUAUAUUUUUGAGUUAUACAGAAUACCGGUGCGCGGGUGCGUGAAUCAAAAUUUAGUGAAAUAAUUUAGAUACGACCAAAUAACGUGACAUUAUUGAGAAAAAAUUGGUUUGAUAAUGAUUCAUAAAAUUUUAUAGUUUCAUGAAAUUUUUUAAUUUACGCAUUUAUAAAUGCUAUAAAGUAUUAUCGAAAAAACCGUUUCUUACCAUUUCUUUUUCCAACGAUAUCUCUAGAACAAAAUAACCAAUUGAGAUGUUUUUUUGCAACAAACGACAAGUUUCUAGAAGUUAUUCGAUUUUGGUCUAGAUUCUUAAAGUCUUUUCUGAAAAAUUUUGAAAAAACCAAAAAAUAAAACUUCUUUUUCCGUAUUUCUUAAUUUUUUCAGCGUCUAUUGAAUAGAAUGAUCUAGAGCUCAUAGGAUAGUUGACUGCUGACAAGCUCUUUUGAUAGCCGCAAAAAGCAACUGGUUAAUUAGUUCAAAAGUUUUUUAAGCAUAUUUUAAUAGUAUUAAGUCAACUAUUGAUGUUUUCCUUGAAUUCUCAAAAGUUAAAAAAAUAUUCCAUAAAAGUUAUAAUAUUAUUAAAAAUUUCAUUUCAACAGUUAGGAUUGAAAAAAUUGUUAAAAAUGUCGUGGUUAGUCGAAUUUUUAAUCCACUGGCAAUAUUACUUGACAUUAAUGGAAUUUCAUAGUUUUAGGACGAUGAUAUACUUAUAUGGUUGAGAUGAUAUAUCCAACACAGAAAAUGCUCCUAUCAUACCACCUAGAUACGAUUGAAUCUUUUCAUUUAUAACGCUAUACCGGACAUUCCCUGCUUGAAAAAUCCGAUAACUUCGUAUAGCUAGAUGUAUAAGGCCCUAUAUUUAAAUAAAGCACUUCUCAUAAAACUUAUUAAUUCUGAUAAAAUCUCUAUUGGAAUUAAUGAGAAUCUAUUGGAUUUCAUGAGAUUUACCAAACAGAGUUAUCAGGUCCGUUCGUGUAUUGCAUAUACGCAAUCAUAUGUUACUUACAAUCUUUACUCACUCAGAUAUAUAAAACUAUACUGGCUACACAUCGUUUGAUCUUAUCAUAUACCUGCAUACAUAUAUCUCGCCAUCUAGCGAAUUUGGCCAUUUAUGAAUCUGUAUUUACUCAAGAGUGAGCCCGCACUAGUUAUCUAUCGUCAGAUAUAUUUAUGAUAUAUAUGAUAUAUGUAUGAUUAUACAUACUAUAUCUUAUUUUAUGCAUAACCAUAUUGACUUGUAUGUAUGACUGUAUAUAAUUAUACGGCUAUAUGUAUAAUCUGGCAUAAAUUUUUUCUGGCAAAAACGAAGUUGCCGCUUUCUGCCUCCGUCGAAGUGAAAAAUAGUAUGCACUUCUUGGGCAGUAAUUAAGAAAGCCUCAGAUCAUAUGUUUGUUGACCUCGGCUUCGCCUCGGCCAACAAUUACAUGUGGUCUGAGACAUUUCUUACUUUAGUGCCCUAGCCGUGUAAUACACUAUUUUUCUCGGAAAAUCAGAUAAUUGAUAGAAAUACAUUCAUCAAUAGCCUCUAUAUGCAUCGAUCACUGUCAUAAGUCAUUUUUAUUUACUACAGAAAUUACUUUUUUGAUAUUGAAUAAUUCCUCCUCGGAAAUCGUAGAGAAAAUUAGAAUUCUAAAAAAAAAAAUAAUAUUGGCUAGUUGGAAACAAUUUUUUUUUGACAAUAUAGCUAUGUCAACUAUAUAUUUCAAGAAAGGUAAAUAACACUACGAAUUAACUUUUGAAAUACCUUAGAAAAAAAUCAUAAAGCUUAAAAAAAUGUAUGUAUAUAUAAGAAUUAGAAGAAGUAACUUUAUGCUUUUCACAAAAUUAAAUCAUUAUUUUAAAAAACAAUGAUCAAAACUAUGUAUAUCUAUAUAUUUGGGUCAUUCCAUGUCAAAUCGACAAAUUUUUUACCUGACCCCCUUUGAUUUCGCUGAAAAUUUUCUAUCUUUUUCUACCCCCCGAAAGUUAUUUUUCAGAUUUUUUUCAAAUUUUUUUUCCCGACUCAAAAAAAGUUAUGAAUUUUUGAAAAAAACCGCUCUUUUAUUUUUAAAUUGCCAGAACUUUUUCAAAAAUUGACCGUUUGGGAAUUUUUUUUUUUCAAAAUUUUUGUUUUUAAAUGUAGUUUUCGAAAAAUAAUAUGAAAAAAUUUUCAGAAUCCCAGAUAUAUGAAAUAUUUUAGUUUUUUCGAAAAAACCGUAAUUUUCUAAAAGUCCGACCGUUUUUUUUUUUUUUUUUUUUGCUCUAAAAAUACUUCAGCUAAUUCUGCAAUGAUCCCCGUUAAUUAAAAGAUGUGACGACAAUCGCUUCUAAUUUUUUUUCUUGAUUAUAAAAAAAUUUUUGUUGAAUUUUUGCUGAUUUUAUAUAACUUUGUUAUGAAAUUUUUAUUAUUUCCUCGUGAAACCUCAAAAGAUGAAAAAUAAAAUUUUAUUGGAGAAUUUCAAGUGAUUAUCGUCCAAGAAAUUGUUAUUUUUUAGAAAAAAAUAAUUUUUUUCUCUCAUUGACGUUAUUUUUUUACUCUUAUGGAUGUUUUUUUUUGGUACUCAAACAUGACAACUUCAAAAAACCAUUGGAAGAUUGUAUGGUGCAAGUUAAGAUGUUUUCUUCAUCAGAAAAAUAUUUAAAUCACAGUACGAUGAAGAAAAGAAGGGAAUCAUCCAGUAAAAAGAGAUAAUAAAAAUAGGUGUAAUGUUGAAUUUUAGAAUCAAGUAUUAUGUUAAAUAAAAGAUAAUAUAAUUUGAAAACAUACAAAAAAAUGUUUUUAAUUUAUUUAAAGAUGUUAAGAGACGGUGAAUUUAUUUAAGAGUAUGAAAAGUCCUUUUUUUUUUACUUUUUUGAAAAAACUAACAAUUUCUUGGACGAUAAUCACUUGAAAUUCUCCAAUAAAAUUUUAUUUUUCAACUUUUGAGGUUUCACGAGGAAAUAAUAAAAAUUUCAUAACAAAGUUAUAUAAAACCAGCAAAAAUUCAACAAAAAUUUUUUUAUAAUCAAGAAAAAAAAUUAGAAGCGAUUGUCGUCACAUCUUUUGAUUAACGGGGAUCAUUGCAGAAUUAGUUGAAGUAUUUUUAGAGCAAAAAAAAAACGGUCGGACUUUGAGAAAAUUACGGUUUUUUCAAAAAAACUAAAAUAUUUCAUAUAUCUGGGAUUCUGAAAAUUUUUUCAUAUUUUUUUUCGAAAACUACAUUUAAAAACAAAAAUUUUGAAAAAAAAAAGUUCCCAAACGGUCAAUUUUUGAAAUAGUUCUGGCAAUUUAAAAAUAAAAGAGCGGUUUUUUUCAAAAAUUCAUAACUUUUUUUGAGGCGGGAAAAAAAAUUUGAAAAAAUUCUGAAAAAUAACUUUCGGGGGGUAAAAAAAGAUAGAAAAUUUUCAGCGAAAUCAAAGGGGGUCAGGUAAAAAAUUUGUCGAUUUGACAUGGAAUAAUGACCCAUAUACUUGUUACAUUUUUUCAAAGAAAACUUCUUACAUGGCCAAUGAAAUAUUCAAUUCUCAAACUAAUCGUUUCCAUCAAUUCUUAGAGGAUAAUUAUUUUCUAUUUUUUGGUCUUUAUUAAAGUAAAAAACUCUCGCAUUAUGUAAAACUUAAUAAUACUUAUACUCUUGUGGCCUUUAUUUUGAUUAUCUAACAUAUUAAAAAUAUGUUAAUAUGUAACAACAUAUGCAUUUCUUGCAACGGCUAGGGAAUAUUUUAUUAUCAAAUGCUCACAUCCAGUGGUGAAUAAACAUAUCACAAUAAAUAUAUAUGUACAUAUAUACAUUAACAUAUAUAUAUAGUAGAAAAAUUUUAAUGAUCUUAUUAUAUCGAUAUUAAUAUAAUAAAAAAGUUAAUAUAUCUACUAUUAUAAUGGUCAUAAUGUUCUCUAUGUUAUUACUAUAAAAUAUUAUUAUAGAAUGAUGAUGUGUCAGUGGAAUUAGUGACCUUUCACAAGUUUCGAAAAAGUAAAUUAAUUGCAAUAAUUCAAAAUUUCUAGUCUCGAUUACUUUUUUUAAAUUUAUGCGGAUAAAAGUUCGAAUAGUAAAGACAAAAUAUUAAUAGGAGUUUCAAAAAAGUAAGCGUAUAAAGUAAAAAGAACGUUGAAACGGCCAAAAACUUUGUUAUUGAUAGAAGUGGAUUUAUUAUACAAUGAAUGUUAUGCGAUACAUGAAAAAAAAAAUGUCUCAUUUUUAUUUUAUUAUUUUUAAUCUUUUUCUGGGUGCUAUUUAUCAUAAUAUAUUGAAAUUCUGCUAAUAUUUUUAAUUGUUUUAUCACAAAUAUGUUGUAUUAAUAUUUUUAUAACGUUUUUAUAAUGUAGACAAUUGAAAUAAUUUUCUUCUUUUAUUAAAUUAAUUGAUAGCUGUAUAGUUUCUAUUACUGUGAAAACUUAUCAUUGUAUAAUUAAUAUUAUAAUGAAAAUAAAUUAUGGAUGUAUAGCCAAAUCGCAGAAUCGUUAAAAAUAUGGUAUAUAUAUGGUAUAUAUAUAUAUAUAUAUAUAUAUAUAUAUAUAUAUAUAUAUAUAUGAGGUUAUACAUACGUAUAUACAGCGAUUUGGAUGAAAUUCUACAAAUGACUGCUCUAUACUGCUAAAGUACAAAUGUUUAAUUUAAUUACUGUUUAUAAUCAUUACAAAUAUUAUUUAUAUUUUAUUUCGUUUAUAAUUUUAUCAUAAAAUAAACAUUGAAUUUACGCAUGCUUUUAUUUUUUACAAUAGUACAAUCUUAACAAAAAUCCCUUUUUCUGAAAUGGUGGACUACGAACUUUCAUCUUUUUAAUUAAGCAAUCAAAUAAUUCUUGAUAAUAAUUCUCAAAAAUACGACGCAUGGUUGACUUUUAAAUACAUUCACUUAAAGUAGAUAUUAAUAUUAAACAUUUUAUGAACAAUAUAUAAACAUACGUUAAUGUAUGUUAACAUUUUCACAACAGCUUUAAGUUGUGAAUCUGCUUGAAAAUAUUAUUCAUAUUUUAAAGAAAUCAAUUUUUCGAAAUAAAUUGUCUGUAAUUAUGCUUUAUUAUUAUUAUAGCCGGUUUCAUGGCGUAUCAUAUUGUCAAUUAGAAACGAAAUUUCUUGAAUAAUAUAAUUUUUUUUUGUUCCCGAUGAAAAAAGAUUUUA